AACAAAAAAUUCUCUUGAGUUUCUGGUGAACAAUAUUCUCAUUGAGGUUCAUUGAAUUUCUACUCUAUCACUCACACUUCUAUCUCUUUAAAUCUCUCUCUUUUUCUCCCUCAACCAUAUCUUUCUCUUUCUUGUCUUCUCUUUCCUCCCUUCUCUUUAUCUGUUCCAUUAAAACAUCGAUUAAACAUCGAUUUCUCUCCAAGUUAUUGCAUCAUCAUCGAUGUUUGUAGAUUUAACAAUCGCCCACCUCAUCUAUAUGCUCUUGACAAAACAAUUUAUUCAAUAAUGUUGAUGAUCUUUAAAUGGGUUGGAUUUGCAAGUUGAAGUUUAAUUGAGGUUAAAACCUGAUGAUUUGAUCGUUUUUACAUGAUGGAAUCAGAAUCGUGUGUAAUAACUACCAAAAACAGAUUUAUUAAUCAAUCGUCAAGCCUACACUUUGAACAGAAAAUAUCUUUAAAUGGUCAUUGUGAUGGUUUACCACCAAGGAGCAACAAUAACAGUCAAAUAAACCAAAAUGGUGCAAAUGAGCAAAAGAAACGGUCAACAAGUUACUCCAAAAGGACCGGUGUUAUUGAUAGUAUAACAAGUGAACUACAAUUUGACCAAGAUGAUUGUAAUCCGAAAGAUUCAAAGUUACCUUCCUAUGUUGGUAUAAGUUGUACUAUUUCUGGUUACAGUAAUUACAGUCGUUAUUGUUCAUCUAUUCGAGGUAGUUAUAGUCGUGGAAGUAGCCCAGUCAUGAGAAACUAUGAAGUGCUUGAUGGACCCAAUGUAGUUGAACAUCAUUUCCAUCAUCAACAUCAUCACCAUAACAAUAAUCAUCUGGAUACAUCAACAUCAUCUACACAACAACAACACCAGCAACAAAAUCAUUUUCAUCAACGUCAAUCAUUCAUCUCACUAAUCAAUAAUAAUUCAACAACAACAAAUAACUGGCCCAGAGAGGAUAAUGGUUCAAUUAAUGGUGGAAUCUCAAACCACACCCAAUAUAAUAAGAAGCAGAAUAAUAACAAUAAUGGUCUGAUCUGCGGUGAUUUGGAUUAUCAAGAUGAUAAUAAAAGUGGAUCAAGUGAAAAAUCUCUAGUUCAAAGAAGAAUUGAAAGUCUUUAUGGUUCUAAUGUGGCCGAAGUUUGGAGAGAUUCUCGAUCGAAAGUGAAAAAAGUGAAUAAGAAAAAGAUCGAAAUGAUCAACCAUCGAAGUCCAUCUUGUCCACCUCACGCUCUUCGGUCAAAAGAGUGUAAUAGAAAGUCUCCAGCCGUUUUCAGCCAUUUGAAUGAAAAAUUUUUAAGUAAAAUCGACGCUGACCCCAAAAAUGAUCCAGUUAACGGACUUAUUAAUAGUCUUAAUGAAGUUUUAAAAGUUAAUGGCACUAAACCUAACGAAACUCAAUCAAAACUUACAGUCGAAAACAAUGGAUACCAUCAUAGUGAAAGUAAUGGACAAAAUAAUGACCAAUACAAUAAUCAUCCUCAUCAGAAUAACAAUAACAAUGGUCAUCAUCAUAUGAAUAAAAUCAAUGGAAACGGUUUGACCCAUCAACAUCUCUCUGGUAACGAUAAUGAUUUCGAUAAUGAACCAAUUGACCAAGUUGAUAAUCGAGUUAAUGUGAUAGAAACAUUGGAUAAUAUUAAAGAUAAUGGUGACCAUCACGAAGAGGAAAUUCGUCAAUUGAAAAGAGGUGAAAUGUACUUGAUAAAAUUAGAAGAGACAAUAAGUAAACUUAGAGUGGAAAUCGUUAAAACUGAGAAAAUAUUGGAAAGUGAGUCUCACCUAAUGAAUGAAGAAAUAAUUGGAAAUUUAUUAUCAUCAAUUGGAAAAGGAAACCUACUCAUUGCUCAGAAAUUGAACCAAUUCCGAGAAUUAUGUCAUAAAAACAUUAAUGGUAAUCACUUUGAACAAUUUGCAACCAAAGAUGAGGAUCUAGAUGGUUUCUGGGAAAUGGUUUAUAUCCAAGUUGAAGAUGUACUUAAUGGUUUCCAAGAGAUUUACAAAUUGCAACAAAAUAACUGGAUUAUCCUAACCAAUAACAAUGAAUCAUCAUCAUCUAAAAUAACUCAACCAAAGAUACGAUCUCCAAGGAAAGUAAAUGCUAAUUCUAAGAUUUCAUCUAAUCAGAAGCAGAAUUCAAAUCCAACCACCAGAAAUACUGCUCGAGAUGAGAUGAGAAAACAACGCCUAAGGGAAGCUAAAUUGAAAAGUCAAUCUCUUCGUCAAGAAAUGAAACAAUUAGAUGAUGAUAUUGUUAUUUUCGCCUCGCCAAGUAAUGGUGAUAAUCUAUUAAUCAAUAACAAUGGUUCAACGACACAAUCUUGAUUAAUGGCUCAUCUCAUCAAACUUACAUCAAACGUGAACAUCUUAUUGUUUUUAUCUUCAUCAUCAUCUUCUUCAUCUUCAUCUUCAUCUUCAUCAUUAAUAUCAACAUCCAUCAGCAUUUAUCAUCUCAAUAACACUCUAUGUAAUCUAAUUCUAUUUAUAUAAGUUGAGACUGAACGUAAUCAAGAACAAUCAAAACAACAAUUAACAACAAGCUGAUUUUGUUAUUUAUAUUUGGUGAAUUUGAAUUACCCUUUACUGUUUCAAAACAAAUGAUGACAAUUUAAAUUGUGCUCAUCACUAUUAACUUUUCAGUUUAUUAUUACAAUCAUGUUGUUUUGUUAGAUUGUUAAAAGUUUACUAAUUGAUGAUUAAGAUAAUUAAGGAAGUUGCAACUUUCUCCUUCUUUCCUUUAUCUUUUAUCAUCAUUUAACUUUUCAACUAAUUUCUAAUUUAUUGACUUGAUAAUUAAUUAUCAUGAUUAUUUUGACUUUUGAUUUUAUCUGAUCAAUGUCAUAUUUGUAACAAUGCAAUUAAGGUUGAUUAACUUGUCAAUCUUCAGUAAGCUCAAUAGUUUUUAUUGAAUCAUCAUAACAUUUACAUCAAGUUGCACAUAAUAUUUAGGUGAGUUUCAAUAAAGUUGAAUUAAUUUUUCAACUAAUUAUUAAUAAAUCAAUUGAUUAAAGUAAAAAAAGCCAAUCAUAAGCCGAAAAAAAUCAGCUCAAAGUAAAAAUUUCGAGCCGAUUGACUAAUAUUGAGACUCGCCAACUAUUUAUAUAAUCAUUUAAUGUUAAUUGUAGUAUAAUCUGUGUCCAUCCAAUUGUCAUCUAAUUGUAAUUGACUGGUCACCAUUUUUAGAAUCAAUCAAAAACAUUUCUCUUCA